AGCGUUAAGUUGGGGUGCGGAACAUCUGAUUACCUCCCAGCUUCAUUCCCCCACAUAUAUAUUGCCUGCUCACAAACCCUAUCUCCCUCUUCUCACUGGACUGACUCGUUAGCUCCCGACUCACUUCAGACUCGGGAAAUUGCCGUUCAAGAGGUACGUCGAGAUCGGCCGAGUUGCUCUCGUCAACUACGGGAAAGACUAUGGCAAACUCGUUGUCAUUGUCGAUGUUAUCGAUCAAAACAGGCUCUCGUUGAUGCCCCUGAUAUGGUGAGGACCCAGAUGAAUUUCAAGAGGCUUUCACUCACUGAUAUCACUGUUGAUAUCAAAAGGGUUCCAAGGAAAAAGACUCUUGUUGACGCCAUUGAGACUGCUGGUAGGUCAAAGAAAGCUUUGAAGAAGAAAAAAUAUCAAAAUUCUUCUAAGGAAGAUGACUCUGCACAGGAUAAAUUAGAAGAUGCUCACAAUGAGGUUUGCCAUGCCCCGUCAACAGAUGAACCCUUUAUGAAAAGGAAGAAAGGCAGGUCAAAGGAAGCAAAGAAAAACAAAAAGAAGCCGAUAGAUCAUGAUUCAUCAAAAGAGUUGAAGUCACUGGAAAAGGAAGAAACAGCUAUUGAAGAUGGUGUUUAUCUUAUCUCUUCCAAAGGAAUGAAAAAAUGGAUUACGAAGUACCAUCAGAGUCGUCGACCAGGGUUGACCAUACUUCAAGAAAGAAUAGAUGAGUUUAUGACUGCUCAUGAGGCACAAUUGGAAGAGGAAAGAAAAGAAAGAGAAGCUCGUGUUGCCGGAGGAGGAUGGACAGUUGUUACCCAUCAUAAAGGAAGGAAAAAGACGACCGAUGCUGAAAGUGGAAUCACAGUAGGUUCUGUUGCCCAAGCUGUUGCAGAUAACAAGUUGGCCAAGAAGAAAACCAAUGAAGUUGGUCUUGACUUCUACCGCUUCCAAAGAAAAGAAUCCCAGAGGAAUGAGAUUAUGAUGCUCCAGAGCAAAUUUGAGCAGGACAAAAAGAAAAUACAACAGCUCAGAGCAGCUAGGAAGUUCCGGCCUUACUGAGUUCUGCAUGUACUUUCCUAAUUGGAAUUCAAUGAUUUUGUGAUCUAAAGUCUAAACCAAAAUUUUGACAUGUAAUAACUCUGCUUUGUAGCAUAACAAUUUUUGGAUGCAAAUUGUGGUUUUCUAGUUCAA